AAUAUUUUGAUUACCCAAAACAAUUGUUUUCAAAAAAUAUUUCACUACUGUUAUCUCAAAGGAAUCUGCUAAAUAGCUUUAGAAAUAUGUCCCCACAUUCCGAUAGGUGUAAUAUCAAAAGUAAACACAGCUAAGAUCUAAGUUUCAACAUAAUUGUGAGCAACGUCGAUGAACGAGCGGCACGCACACACGCGCAGCGCGUAGCGGUGUGGAGGUAACCGUAGUCUCAUUCUUACCUGCGCACGCGCGCGCCGCCGCGGAAGAAAGCCUCAGUGCUGACUUGGCGGCCGUCGCGACCGCACCGGCCUGCCGACAUGUGGCAAACCUUGUGACUCAAGUGUUGUGAAUUGUGUACAAGCACAGUGGCCGUGCAUUAACCCCAACCCCUGAUAGUGCUUAACCGGAUUUUUAGUUGGAACGCCCCGCGGCGUGCAAAAGAUUUACGAUGUUGAUAAGGUGUCCGGCGGCACUCUGUGCCGUCGUGUUCCUACUGGCUGCGGUGCACGCCAGUAAUGAGGGCAACCUCUUCACGUGUCCAAAUGGAUGGGAGUUGAAAGGCUUACACUGUUACAAAUUCUUCAACAUCAGACAUUCGUGGGAGAAAGCGGCGGAACUAUGUCGAAGAUACGGCAGCGAACUUAUGGUUGUAGACUCGUACACGGAAAACAACAUGACUGCCAGCAUGGUUCCAUCUAGUCCAAGUAACAACCACUACUGGCUGGGGCUCGCGACGGUCGAUGACCUCAGGACUAACACGCUCGAGUCGGCGGCUGGAACUCUGGUAUCACAAUAUGCCGGUUUCUGGGACUUACAACAGCCCAACCCCAAGGCUGGAGAAUGUGUUGACGUCCACGUCACAUCGGACAACCAGUCCUGGGAACUCACGACCUGCGAGACCCUUUUGCCAUUCAUGUGUCGAGCUACCGCCUGCCCAGCCGGAACCUUCCAUUGUUCUAAUGGAAAAUGUAUAAACGCAGCCUUCAAAUGCGACAAGCAAGACGAUUGUGGUGAUGCUUCCGACGAAAUGGACUGUGCUUCCGAAUGUCACUUCUACAUGGCCAGCAGUGGAGAUGUAGUCGAGAGUCCAAACUACCCUCACAAGUACCCUCCCUUCAGCGAAUGCAAAUGGACUCUCGAGGGGCCACAAGGACAAAACAUUGUUUUACAGUUCCAAGAUUUUGAAACUGAAAAGUCUUUCGACACUGUUCAAAUUCUGGUUGGCGGCAGGACCGAAGAUAAAUCUGUCAACUUAGCGACACUUUCAGGAAAACAAGAUUUAUCUAGCAAAAUUUACGUUUCCGCUUCGAACUUUAUGAUUAUUAAAUUUAGUACAGAUGGUUCUGUUGAAAGGAAGGGUUUCCGUGCUUCAUGGAAAACUGAGUCCUCCAACUGCGGCGGUAUGCUUAGGGCCACGCCUCAAGGACAAGUACUGACCUCACCUGGUUACCCUAAUGGUUAUCCUGGUGGUUUGGAAUGUGUUUACGUUAUUGAAGCUCAACCCGGCAGAAUAGUUUCAUUGGAAGUCGAAGAUUUGGAAUUAGGAAUGAACAGGGACUACAUCGUCAUCAAGGAUGGUAACACACCAUCUAGCCCUGUCUUAGCUAGGCUGACUGGACCAGGAGAAGAAAACCAAAAAGUUAUAAUUUCGACAACGAACCAUCUGUACAUGUACUUCCGAACGAGCCUUGGAGAUUCUAAAAAAGGAUUCAACAUGAGAUAUUCCCAAGGUUGUCGAGCAACUAUCAUUGCAGCCAAUGGUAACGUUACAUCGCCAGCAUACGGUCUUUCAAACUAUCCGAAUAAUCAAGAAUGCUUCUACAGAAUUAAAAACCCUAACGGUGGUCCACUUUCUUUGAAAUUUGACGAAUUUAGCAUUCAUACUACAGAUGUAGUACAAGUUUUUGACGGAACCAGUACUAACGGUUUAAGGCUCCACUCCGACAACGGUUUUGUUAUUAAGCCAAGAAUUACACUGACUGCUUCCAGCGGUGAAAUGUUGCUACGGUUUGUGUCUGAUGCAUUGCAUAAUGGAAUGGGUUGGAAGGCGACAUUCUCGGCAGAUUGCCCACCCCUAAACUCCGGAAUCGGUGCUUUAGCGUCAAACAGAGAUACCGCCUUUGGAACAGUUAUUACAUUCUCGUGUCCAAUUGGACAAGAAUUCGCCACAGGGAAAUCUCGUAUCACUACAAAAUGUUUAGACGGAGGAAAAUGGUCAACCACUUACAUUCCUAGCUGUCAAGAGGUAUAUUGCGGUCCAGUUCCACAAAUCGAUAAUGGAUUUUCAAUUGGCUCUACAAACGUGACUUACCGUGGUGUUGCGACUUACCAAUGUUAUGCCGGAUUUGCUUUCCCGACUGGACAACCUAUUGAGAGAAUUUCUUGCUUGUCAGAUGGUCGGUGGGAGAGAACGCCUACUUGUUUAGCUUCCCAAUGUGUCGCCCUACCGGACGUUCCCCAUGCCAAUGUCACGAUCUUGAACGGCGGCGGACGAAGCUACGGAACCAUUGUGCGUUACGAGUGCGAACCCGGAUACGUGAGGUCUGGCCAGCCGGUACUACUUUGCAUGAGUAAUGGCACAUGGUCGGGAGACGUGCCAACUUGUUCCAAAGCACUUUGCCCCAAAUUCCCCGAAAUCAAAAAUGGCUUUAUUGUUGACCAAACUAGGAUUUACAUGUUUGGCGAUGAAGCUCGUGUUCAAUGUUUCAAAGGAUACAAACUCAAUGGACCUAGCUUGCUCAAAUGUGGAACUAACCAAGAAUUCGACAACCCUCCGACUUGUGAAGACAUUAAUGAGUGCGCCAGCAGUCAAUGUGACUCCGUCUCAACUGAAUGCAAGAACAGUAAUGGUGGUUUCUACUGCCCGUGCAGACCUGGUUUCACACCGAACUUAGACUGCAGACCCGUUGGAGAUCUAGGAUUGAUUAACGGAGCAAUUCCUGAUGAAUCGAUCACUACUUCUACUCCGGAAUCAGGAUACGCUAAAGGAAUGGUACGUCUUAACAACGGCGGCGGUUGGUGCGGUAACAACUUAGAAGCUGGAGCUAACUGGAUCCUUAUUGACUUGAGAGCACCAACUAUCAUCAGAGGAUUCAGGACCAUGAGCGUCAUGCGCGCUGACGGCAACAUCGCCUUCACAUCUGCCAUCAGAAUCCAAUACACCAACGACUUGACUGAUGUCUUCAAAGACUACACGAACCCAGACGGUACAGCUGUAGAGUUCCGUAUCUUGGAGCCUACUCUAUCCGUUCUAAAUCUGCCAGUGCCAAUUGAAGCACAGUACGUUAAGUUCAAGAUCCAAGACUACGUUGGCGCGCCUUGUUUAAAACUCGAAAUCAUGGGAUGUGCUCGUUUAGACUGUUUCGAUAUCAACGAGUGUAACGAGAACAACGGAGGCUGUGACCAGAAAUGUCUUAAUACACCUGGAAACUUCUCUUGCGCUUGCAACCUCGGCUACGAGCUCUAUUCGAACAACGGCACUGCUGGUUUCGCCAUCGAAAAAUCAGAGACUGGAGACAGGGAUGGUGAUACUUACCAGAAGAACAAAUCCUGUGUGCCUGUCAUGUGCCCUCAACUUUCGUCACCUGAAAAUGGAAAACUCUUAUCUACGAAGACUUCUUACCACUUUGGAGACACCGUUCAGUUUCAGUGUGAUUUCGGCUAUGUUAUGUCUGGAUUCUCAACGCUUUUGUGUACAUCCAGUGGAACUUGGAAUGGAACUGUACCUGAAUGUCAAUAUGCCCGCUGUGUGACACUUUCUGAUAACAAAAACGAUGGCUUGAAGGUAAUCAGAGAUGACCCCGAGAGUGUACUGGUUCCUUACAGAGAUAACGUUACUAUUACCUGCACGUCACCUGGAAGGCAUUUGAGAAACACACUUACUUCAUCCUUCAGACAGUGUGUCUAUGAUCCUAAACCAGACCUACCCGACUACUGGCUAUCUGGAGCCCAACCUCAAUGCCCGAGACAAGACUGUGGAGUCCCAAUGCCCACGCCUGGUGCGGAGUACGGACAAUAUCUGGACACCAAAUACCAAAGCUCGUUCUUCUUUGGAUGCCAAAACACUUUCAAGUUAGCAGGUCAAACAAGCAAACAUGACAAUGUUGUCAGAUGUCAAGCCAACGGUAUCUGGGAUUUCGGCGACUUAAGAUGCGAAGGACCAGUGUGUGAGGACCCAGGCAGACCAGCCGAUGGUUACCAAAUCGCAAGAAGUUACGAGCAAGGAUCUGAAGUUCUAUUCGGUUGUUCUAGACCUGGUUACAUAUUAAUCAACCCCAGACCGAUAACUUGUAUUCGCGAGCCUGAGUGCAAAGUCAUCAGACCACUUGGAUUGGCCUCAGGAAGAAUACCUGAUUCUGCUAUCAACGCAACAUCCGAAAGACCAAACUACGAAGCAAGGAACAUUAGGUUGAACUCAGUCACCGGUUGGUGCGGUAAACAAGAAGCAUUCACUUACGUUAGCGUUGACUUGGGCAAAGUAUACAGAGUCAAAGCGAUACUCGUUAAGGGUGUCGUAACCUCUGACAUUGUGGGCAGACCUACUGAAAUCCGUUUCUUCUACAAACAAGCUGAAAAUGAGAACUACGUUGUUUACUUCCCCAACUUCAAUCUGACUAUGAGAGAUCCUGGUAACUACGGUGAAUUGGCAAUGAUUACUUUACCGAAAUAUGUUCAAGCUAGAUUCGUUAUUCUGGGUAUUGUGAGCUUCAUGGACAACGCUUGUCUCAAAUUUGAACUCAUGGGUUGUGAUGAACCAUCUGCAGAACCUUUAUUGGGUUACGAUUAUGGAUACUCACCUUGUGUUGAUAACGAGCCUCCAGUGUUCCAAAACUGCCCUCAACAGCCAAUUUUCGUCCAAACCGAUGUAAAUGGCGGCCUUUUACCAGUUAACUUCACUGAACCUACCGCAAUUGACAAUUCUGGUGCCAUAGCUAGAUUAGAAGUUACACCUCAACAUUUCAAAACACCUAUCCAAGUGUUCCACAACAUGGUUGUCCGAUACGUCGCAUUCGACUUUGACGGUAACGUUGCGAUUUGCGAAGUGAACAUCACUGUACCUGACUAUACUCCUCCAAGGCUGAGCUGCCCUCAAAGCUACGUCAUUGAAUUGGUUGACAAGCAAGACAGCUACGCCGUCAACUUCAAUGAAACCAGAAGGAGGAUUAACGCAACGGACGCUUCAGGCGAAGUUUUCCUUAAAUUCAUUCCGGAAAGAGCUGUUAUCCCCAUUCGUGGGUAUGAAAACGUAACUGUUAUCGCUUCAGACAAAUUCGGUAACAGAGCUCAAUGUAACUUCCAAGUUUCUGUGCAAGCCACCCCUUGUGUGGAUUGGGAACUUAUGCCACCUGCAAAUGGCGCCAUGAACUGUCUGCCUGGUGAUAGAGGAAUCCAAUGUAUAGCUACUUGCAGCCCUGGCUUCAGAUUCACUGACGGUGAACCAGUCAAAACAUUCGUAUGUGAAACCAAACGGCAAUGGGUGCCGACAUCAGUUGUGCCCGAUUGUGUAUCAGAAAAUACCCAGCAAGCCGCUUACCACGUAGUAUCAACAGUACAAUACCGUGCUCUCGGUGCAGUUUCUAACGCUUGCUUACCUCAAUACAAAGACUUGGUUGCUCAAUACGACAACGUUCUCAACGACAGACUUACUCAGCGUUGUUCUGCCGUCAAUGUUAACAUAAACGUAACAUUCGUCAAUGUGAUACCCACACUGCUUGAUGAGAACGUAGUCAAAAUGGACUUUGUGUUGGCCAUAGCCCCGGCAAUCAGACAAACACAGCUUUAUGACCUUUGUGGUUCCACAUUGAACCUUAUAUUUGACCUGUCUGUUCCUUACGCUAGUGCUCUUAUUGAACCAGUAUUGAACGUAUCAUCUAUUGGCAACCAAUGUCCACCAUUGAGAGCUAUCAGGAGUUCCAUCACUAAAGGAUUUACUUGCAGCGUUGGUGAAGUAUUAAACAUGGAUACAAAUGAUGUUCCAAGAUGCUUGCACUGCCCUGCUGGGACGUUCGCCGAAGAAAAACAAAAGACCUGUACGAUGUGCCCGAGAGGAUUCUUCCAAAACCAAGCCCGUCAAGGAUCGUGUCUCAAAUGUCCUUCUGGAACGUUCACAAGAGAAGAAGGAUCUAAAGACAUAAACGACUGUAUACCUGUGUGUGGAUACGGUACUUAUUCACCAACUGGAUUGGUUCCUUGCUUGGAAUGUCCGAGAAACAGUUACACUGGCGAACCACCACUAGGAGGUUUCAAGGAUUGCCAGGCUUGCCCCGUUAACACCUACACUUACCAACCAGCCGCACCAGGUAGAGACCGAUGCAGAGCUAAGUGUGCUGCGGGAACUUAUUCACCAACAGGAUUGGCCCCAUGCUCUCAAUGUCCAAGAAACUUCUACCAGAAUCUCGUUGGUCAAACAAUGUGUAUGGAAUGUCCGACGAACAUGAAAACAGUAGGUACUGGAGCGACCGGCUUAGAAGAGUGUCUGCCGGUAGAAUGCUCGAACAGCGCUUGUCAACACGGCGGUCUCUGUGUACCUAAAGGACACGGUGUUCAAUGUUACUGUCCCGCCGGAUUCUCUGGUCGCAGAUGUGAAAUUGAUAUCGAUGAGUGCGCUAGUCAACCUUGUUACAACAAAGGUACCUGUACUGAUCUCCCACAAGGAUACCGCUGCUCAUGUCCUACGGGCUAUGGCGGUAUUAACUGUCAAGAGGAAAGAUCCGACUGCAGAAAUGAUACUUGUCCCGAAAGAGCUAUGUGCAAAGAUGAACCUGGAUUUGACAACUACACAUGUUUAUGUAGAUCAGGAUACACUGGCGUUGAUUGUGAUAUCACGAUUGAUCCUUGCACAGCCAACGGCAACCCUUGCACAAAUGGAGCUAGCUGCAUAGCGCUUCAGCAAGGAAGAUACAAAUGUGAAUGCUUACCAGGAUGGGAAGGACAACUCUGUGAAAUAAACACCGAUGAUUGUAUCGAAAAGCCUUGUCUCCUCGACGCGCCCUGCACAGAUUUAGUCAAUGACUUUAGUUGCGCCUGUCCACCUGGCUUUACUGGAAAACGUUGUCAUGAAAAGAUUGACCUCUGUUCUAAUGAACCUUGCAAACAUGGAAUAUGCGUUGACAAACUCUUUAUCCAUCAAUGCAUUUGCGACCCUGGCUGGACUGGUCCUUCUUGCGACAUCAACAUCGUCGAAUGUGUUAUGUCACCAUGUGAAAACGGAGGUCAAUGUAUUGACGGUAUCGAUGAUUUCACUUGUAUUUGUGAAGCUGGUUACACAGGAAAGAGAUGCCAACACACAAUUGACGACUGCGCAUCAGACCCGUGCCAGAAUGGUGCUACAUGCGUUGAUCAGUUAGAAGGAUUUAUCUGCAAGUGUCGACCAGGAUACAUAGGUCUACAAUGUGAGACAGCUAUUGACGAGUGUUUGAAUGAACCAUGCAAUGCUAUAGGAACAGAAAAAUGCGUGGAUCUCGACAACAAAUACCAAUGUGUUUGUCGCGAGGGCUUCACAGGAGAAACGUGUGAAACAAACAUUGAUGACUGCGCAUCAAACCCAUGCUUUAACGGAGGCUCUUGUAAGGACGAAAUCGGCGGUUACAAGUGCGGUUGUCAACCAGGAUGGACCGGCAAACGUUGCGAACACGACAUCGGCAACUGUAUGAACUUCCCUUGUCAAAACCACGCCAAGUGUAUCGAUCUCUUCCAAGAUUACUUCUGCGUAUGCCCAAGCGGUACUGAUGGCAAACAAUGUGAAACUGCUCCAGAAAGAUGUAUUGGAAGCCCUUGCAUGCACGGUGGCAAGUGCCAAGACUUCGGUUCUGGCCUCAACUGCACGUGUUCACAGGACUACACCGGAAUCGGUUGCCAAUACGAGUUCGACGCCUGCGAAGCUGGACUCUGUCAGAACGGAGCCACUUGUAUUGAUGAAGGUGAAGAUUAUACUUGCGUCUGUGCUCCUGGAUUCCAAGGAAAGAACUGUGAUGAAGACAUUGUCGACUGCAAAGAGAACUCUUGCCCACCGUCUGCAACAUGCAUUGAUUUACCCGGCCGCUUCUACUGCCAAUGUCCAUUCAAUUUAACCGGUGACGAUUGUAGAAAGACGAUAAGUGUGGAUUACGAUCUGUACUUCAGUGACCCGUUACGUUCAAGUGCGGCUCAAGUGGUACCGUUUGAUACAGGAUCUGCCGAUAGUUUGACUAUAGCUAUGUGGGUACAAUACACGCAACAAGACGAAGGCGGAGUAUUCUUUACUGCGUACAGUGUUAGCAACUCCCACAUUGCAUUGAAUAGGAAGCAAAUAAUUCAAGCUCACUCAAAUGGCGUACAAGUUUCCCUGUUCCCGGAACUGCAAGACGUUUACCUAAGCUUCGGUGAAUAUGCAACGGUGAAUGACGGACAAUGGCAUCAUGUCGCUCUGGUUUGGGACGGAAACAACGGCGGCGAAUUGACUCUUAUCACUGAAGGAUUAAUUGCCAGCAAGAUUGAAGGUUAUGGCAGCGGACGAACACUACCACAAUAUGUUUGGGUAACACUUGGCAAGCCUCAAUCUGACAAUCCCAAGGCUUACACAGAAUCUGGCUUCCAAGGCCAUCUGACUAAAGUACAAAUCUGGAACCGUGCUCUUGACGUCACCAAUGAAAUCCAGAAACAAGUUCGUGACUGCAGAACCGAGCCUGUACUAUACAGCGGCUUGGGUCUGACCUGGGCAGGAUAUGACGACGUAGUCGGAGGAGUUGAGAGAAUCGUGCCAUCUCACUGCGGACAGAGAGUCUGUCCCAACGGUUACUCUGGUUCUAAGUGCCAACAACUGCAAGUAGACAAGGACCCACCACGAGUUGAACGUUGCCCUGGAGACCUUUGGGUAAUUGCGAAGAACGGAUCUUCUAUUGUCACUUGGGAUAUACCCGUAUUCAGUGACAAUGUCGGAGUUGCUAAAGUCGUUGAGAAAUCUGGACACAAGCCUGGUCAAAACUUGGCUUGGGGCGCUUACGAUAUAGCUUACAUCGCAUAUGACGCUGCGGGCAACGCGGCUACUUGUACCUUCAAAGUAACUGUACUAUCUGAAUUCUGUCCUCCAUUACCCGACCCGCUUGGUGGCUACCAAUCCUGCCGCGAUUGGGGUGCCGGUGGUCAGUUCAAGGUGUGCGAGAUCGCCUGUCGCGACGGCCUCAGGUUCUCUCAACCAGUACCACCAUUCUACACUUGCGGAGCAGAAGGAUUCUGGCGUCCAACUCCUGACCCUACGCUACCUCUAGUCUACCCUGCUUGCUCACCGGCGUCGCCAGCGCAACGUGUCUUCAAGAUAUCAAUGUUGUUCCCGAGCUCAGUCCUCUGCAAUGAUGCCGGACAGGCUGUCCUACGACAGAAGGUUCGCAGUGCUAUCAACCAACUCAACAGGGACUGGAACUUCUGCUCUUACGCUGUUGAUGGAACCCGCGAGUGCAAAGAACUGGAUAUCAAUGUGAAGUGCGACCACCGAGCCAAUGCCAGGCAAACGAGACAAGUAUCCACCCCUCCCGCCGUUGCUGCUGAAGAUACCUACGUCUUGGAUGCUAUCAUCCCCGUCGAAGAGACACGAAGCAGUAGGGAGGGUCGUCAAGCUGGCGAUACGUACAACGUUGAGGUCUCAUUCCCGUCUGUCAAUGAUCCAGUAAUUCAUAAUGGAAACAACGAAAGAUCAACUGUCCAACGGUUAUUGGAGAAACUGAUUCUCGAAGACGAACAGUUCGACGUGAGGAAUAUUCUUCCAAACACUGUUCCUGAUCCAGCGAGCUUGGAGCUAGUUUCUGACUACGCUUGCCCAACUGGACAAGUUGUUAUGGCACCUGACUGUGUGGCGUGUGCUGUCGGUACCUUCCUGGACGCUGCUAGUGACACCUGCAAGCCUUGCCCGCAAGGCACUUACCAGUCUGAAGCAGGCCAGGUCCAAUGUACUGCUUGCCCGACGAUCGCCGGACAAUCUGGAGUGACCCAAUCCACUGGAGCUCGUAGCGCCGCUGACUGCAAAGAGAGGUGUGCUGCUGGUAAAUUCUACGAUGCUGAAGCAGAACUGUGCCGUCCUUGCGGUCACGGUUCCUACCAGCCUCGCGAGGGUGCAUUCUCCUGUCUCUCCUGCCCCAGAGGACAAACUACUCGAGCUACGGAAGCCGUGUCGGCUGCUGAAUGCAGAGAUGAUUGUCCUUCAGGCGAGCAGCUGAGCAGCGACGGCGGCUGCGAGGCGUGCCCGCGCGGCACGUGGCGCGCGUCGGGCGCGGGCGCGGCGUGCGCGGCCUGCCCGCCCGGCACCACCACGCCACAAGCCGGCGCCUCCUCCGCAGACCAGUGCUCGCUGCCUGUCUGCAGACCUGGCUCAUAUCUGAACGUGACCUUGAACAGUUGCGUGCAGUGCAGGAAGGGAACUUACCAAUCCGAGGCUCAACAGACAGUCUGUGUUCCUUGCCCGAUCAACACCAGUACCAGAGGCCCUGGAGCUACUGCGGAAUCGGAUUGCACAAAUCCAUGCGAGAUGAGCGGCCCCGAGAUGCAUUGUGAUGUUAAUGCGUAUUGCCUUUUGAUACCCGAAACGAGCGAGUUCAAGUGCCAAUGCAAACCAGGGUUCAAUGGAACUGGAAAAGUCUGUAUAGAUGUCUGCCUGGACUACUGCGACAACGGUGGCGAGUGCGUGAAGGACGCUCGAGGCGAGCCGUCGUGCCGCUGCACGGGCUCGUUCACGGGCCGCCACUGCCGCGAGAAGAGCGAGUUCGCGUACAUAGCCAGCGGAGUCGCGGGAGGAGUCAUAUUUAUUAUAUUCUUAGUACUGCUUGUAUGGAUGAUUUGUGCCAGAUCAACAAAGAAGAAGGAACCAAAGAAGACACUAACACCAGCGAUCGACCAGAACGGUUCCCAGGUGAACUUCUACUACGGAGCUCACACGCCGUACGCGGAGUCCAUCGCUCCCUCACACCACUCCACAUACGCACACUACUAUGACGACGAGGAAGACGGCUGGGAGAUGCCAAACUUCUACAACGAAACGUACAUGAAGGAGAGCCUUCAUAAUGGUAUGAAUGGGAAGAUGAACAGCCUAGCGCGGUCCAACGCGAGCAUAUACGGAACCAAAGAGGACCUCUACGAUAGACUGAAGAGGCACGCGUACCCGGGUAAGAAAGAUAAGAGUGACAGCGACAGUGAAGGUCAAUAAUGAAACAAGGUACUGCGUUUUGUCGUAUUCUGGUCAAUCUUACAUAAUAUUUUCGUACUAGUUUCGAUAGGGAUGAAGACUUUUUUUUAUAUCCGUCAGCUAGUUUAAUUAAUAAUAUUAAAUACGUAUGUUUUUUCUUUUGACCUGGAAACAUAAUAAUAUAUUUAUCAAAUAACAGAGAAUGCAACAAACAUGUGACGUCACUUAUGUGUAUAAACUUUGCGAAGUCGUUACGUCAGAUUCCGUCCUAAAUUUGAUGACAUUUUCUCUUUGUAAUACUUUUAUAGUUCCGAUAGAAAGAAAAAAAUAUGUGUUUAAUAUUUUUAAUUAUCUAUCUGACGGACUAGAAAGAUUGUAACUGUUGAUACCCAGUCAUCAUCCCUAUUCUCGGCGUACUACAAGUCAAGCUAUUGUUCACGCAAUUGGUACUAGGCGUAAGGUACCUACACUACAACGCUCGCGACGAACCGAGAUUCAGUAUGUUAUUGUAGAAUGUCUAUUAGCUUUAUUAAGAUUUUUAGUUUUAACUGUUUAUUAACACACUCACUGUUUUAAUUACAGCCCCCACCAAAUAUAUUUAAAACAUUCGUCACAAAGUCAAAAGUUUUUAAACGUAACAGGCGUUGCAUUAUAUCAAACAGUGAAUGUGUUGAUGUUCUAAAAUAAAAUAAUUAUGAUCGAAAGACAAAUGCUCAAGUACUAUAAGGCGAACGCCAUAUCAGAUGCAGGGAAGUACUAUCAACGAAUUAUGUAAAAAUACAUUCCAACAACAUUCCGAUUUAUAAUCGUGUAAAUAUAUUUUAUAAAAUAUUUUUUGUAUAUUUUUGUAGAACUCAGUUAUUUUAUUGUAAUGUUAGUAAUAAUUAAGCUAAAAGGACGAUAUAUCGAAUUAAAAUUCAGUGAAGUCCUUAGGAAUCCCUGUGACGUUAUCAAAAGACUUGGUCUUUUUGUUUAGUCUAUUUUACUGAACAUUAAAAGGGAAAAUACGGCAAAUUAUUACUAACAUAAGAAUAGUUAGGUAAAUAUAAAUUAACGGUUUAUGUUUUGUAUUAUAAACUGGACUGUAUUAUUAUAAAUGAUUUGAAUGAAUGAGUGAAUGAACGUGAAUGUAUAGAAUGAUAUUUUAUAAUAAUCACGUGAGUGUAUGGGGCAUGUAUUAUAUAUACGUUUUGUAUUAAAGUAUUUUUAAGCUGAUAUAAUUUAUAGUAAAUAUUCUUCCUAACACAAUAUUUGGCCGUACAGGAUCGUUCGUAACAAAUAUAUGAGUAUUCGAACUAGGAAUAGAUCUAGACAUGUAUCCGUUGUGUACGUACCUAAAUGUUAUAUUAAAUACUCAAAGAAUCUUCAGCGGGUGGUCAAUAUUCCAUCACAAUCUUUUACCACAUUAGUGAUUACAUUAAUAGAUAUUUUUUUACAAAAAAUAACGAAAUAAAUUUAAUACUUAUAUUUA